UUUUUUCUUUUACUACUUUAACUGUUAAAAAUUCCGAUUUGUUAUUAUUGAAACCGAAAAAAAGAAAUUUGACAAAUGGCUGACCUUAAUACACUUGCAAGCCAAUUCGUUCAAUAUUAUUACCAAGUGUUUCAAUCCGACAGAAGUAAUCUUAAGCCACUUUAUCGUGACGAUUCUAUGCUAACUUUCGAAGGUGCUCCAUUUAAAGGAGUGAAUGAUAUUAUCGGAAAAUUGACUUCUUUGCCAUUUCAGCAAGUGGCACACCGUAUUGCUACUUUAGAUGCUCAGCCAAGUAUUAAUAAUGGAAUAAUUGUGAUGGUCACUGGCGAAUUGCUGAUUGACCAGGAAACCAACGCAACAAGAUUUUCACAAGCUUUUCAACUUAUUCCCGAUAGUGGUAACUAUUGGGUACUUAAUGAUGUUUUCCGGUUAAACUAUGGUUAAUAUUUUAUAUUUUAUUCCCAAAACAAUGUUAAUGUUGAAGAUUUAUUGUACAUUUAUGAUAUAAACUUGAAAUAAGAAAUUCCUUAUUAACAUUGUAUUCAACCAAAUAAUUAAUUUAUUGUCCUUUUAUCAUAUCAAAAAUUAUUCAAUAAUAAAUAUCAUUACUGCAUUUCUAUUGCAAUUCAAAAU